CAUCAGUGUUAACAAGCAAACUCACAAAGACCAACAUCAUGGUGCAUUUCACAGCUGAGGAGAAGACCGCCAUCACUAAUGUGUGGGGCAAGGUCAAUGUAGAAGAGACUGGUGGGGAGGCUUUAGGCCGGCUGCUGGUUGUCUACCCCUGGACCCAGAGGUUCUUUGACUCCUUUGGCAACCUGUCUUCUGCAUCUGCUAUCUUGGGAAACCCCAAGGUCAAAGCCCAUGGCAAGAAGGUGCUGACCUCAUUUGGUGAUGCUGUUAAGAACCUGGACAACCUGAAGGGUGCCUUCUCCAAGCUGAGUGAGCUGCACUGUGACAAACUGCAUGUGGACCCUGAGAACUUCAGACUCCUCGGGAAUGUUCUGGUUAUUGUACUGGCCACUCAUUUUGGCAAGGAGUUUACUCCUGAAGUGCAGGCUGCUUGGCAGAAGCUGGUGAGCGGUGUGGCCACCGCCUUGGCCCACAAGUACCACUAAACCUAGACCUGUCUGUGGUAGGGGUCUGUGGGCAAAUGGAAGCCCAACCUCUGCAUGUACAGAGGGGAGCAAUGGUGUACAUACUG